CAUCUUCCAACCGCAUACCAAUGGUCGAGGCCCACAAUGACAACUUCGACGCAUUCCGAGACUGUCUAUUCUCGGCUGUCGUGGACAAGUCCGCAGGGAGCACUCGAAGAGUGUCCAAGCGUGCCUCCGUAGGGAAGAAGACCGCCACCCCAAAGCAACCAACUACAGAGAGCGAUCCAUCUGAGCUCGCCGAAUUCUCCGACUACUUGGCCGCCGAGAUCUUCAGUAGUCUUCCACAAGAGCUGCAGGAUCUGUCGUACCAUGGCCUCCAGGACAAUAUUGAACUGUCCGAGAAAUGGUCACUGCCCUUGACACUGUCAGUAUUCGAGGAAGUAUCAAGCCACGUUCCGGGAGGCAUCACCGACAGCUUGACAGCUUAUGGACUUAUCGAGCCUCCCAAAUCAGAUCUCCAGUCAUUCAUAGCCCCUGUGCUGUCUGCAUAUGUCGGUGCUGUGACGACGCCGCCGCCGAAAUGGACAGAAACGAGGACCAAUGCUUGCGAGAUCUGUGAGAGAGACUGGGUGCCCAUGACUUACCACCAUCUCAUACCUAAGCAAAUACACGUCAAAGUCUUGAAAAGAGGCUGGCACGAAGAACAUCAGUUGAACAGCGUGGCUUGGCUGUGUCGUGCCUGUCACAGCUUUAUCCACAGGAUGGCUUCGAACGAAGAAUUGGCUCGUGAAUGGUAUACUGUCGACAAAAUCUGUGAAAGGGAAGAUGUUCAAAAAUGGGCACAGUGGGUUCGGCGGGUUCGCUGGAAGAAAUCCUAAGCUUGGGACAGACAUGGUAGCUGUUACAGACGUCCAAGUCCAAUCCACUUGGUCUAAUCAUGGGCACCAGAUUCUCGUCAUUUAGGAGAGGACGCUCCUCUGUGGUUUGUCCCUGGGAGGGCACUGACUGAUGUUCAUGGUCUCCUUGCCGAAAGUCAAUCGCAGAUGCCACUCUUUUGAGCCACCCUGCCUUGAAGUUCAGCAUCUUUUUGACGCCAUUUGUCUUCCCUGCAUUGUGGCCGCACUAGCAGCAAUCCAGGAGCAAACAGGUCUGCAUCUUGCGCUUGCACAACCAGAGCAAUUCAUGACAAGCACAAAGCUUCACAGAUAUGCCUUGUGAGGACUGAGCAGCUGUAAGAAGGCUAC